GCUCAGUCAGUCAGAGCAGCACAGCCAUGAGCCCGCCGAGCUCCCCGUCCUCCAGAGCCGCGCUGACUCUCGUGCCCCUGCGCCCCUGACGCACACCGCGCCACACCAUGAAGAGGCAAAACGUGCGGACCCUCGCGCUCAUCAUCUGCACCUUCACCUACCUGAUCGUCGGCGCCGCGAUCUUCGACGCGCUGGAGUCCCGGAAGGAGACGAGCCAGAGGCGGGAGCUGGACCUGCGGAGAGCGGAGCUGCUCCAGACCUUCAACCUGUCCACGGGGGACUUUGACGAGCUGGAGAAGGUGGUGCUGCAGCUCAAGCCACACAAAGCCGGCGUCCAGUGGAAAUUCGCCGGCUCCUUUUACUUCGCCAUCACUGUGAUCACCACCAUAGGAUAUGGCCAUGCAGCCCCCAGCACAGACGGAGGGAAGGCGUUCUGCAUGCUCUACGCCCUCCUGGGCAUCCCGCUCACUUUGGUCAUGUUCCAGAGCGUCGGUGAGCGGAUCAACACCUUUGUCAGGUACCUGCUCCAUCGCCUGAAGGUGUGCCUUGGCAUGAGACACACCGAGGUCUCCAUGGUCAACAUGGUGAUCAUUGGCUUACUAUUCUGCAUGAGCACGCUGUGUGUCGGUGCGCUGGCCUUCUCCCACUUUGAGGGAUGGAGCUUCUUUCACGCCUACUACUACUGCUUCAUCACGCUCACCACGAUCGGCUUCGGGGACUAUGUGGCGCUGCAGAAGGAACAUGCUCUGCAGACCAAGCCGGAGUACGUGGCCUUCAGCUUCAUCUACAUCCUGACGGGCCUGGCUGUGAUUGGAGCCUUCCUCAACUUGGUAGUGCUGCGCUUCAUGACGAUGAACGCCGAGGACGAGAAGAGGGACGCGGAGCAGAGGGCUCUGCUCACUCACAACGGUCAGGCGGGGCACAUCAACUGCUCGGCGGAUCCGGCCUCCUCGUCCUCCACGCCGUCCGGAUGCGGCGGCGGGAACGCGGUGGGCGGCAGCGGGGGAGGCGCGGCGAGCCGAGGCCUCCGCAACGUUUACGCCGAGGUGCUCCACUUCCAGUCCAUGUGCUCCUGCCUUUGGUACAAGAGCAGGGAGAAACUGCAAUACUCCAUCCCCAUGAUCAUCUCACGUGACCUCUCCACCUCGGACACGUACAUGGAGCAGGGAGAAGCUUUUUCCAACCCGCUCCACUCGAAUGGCUGCAUGUGCAGCCUGCAGUGUCACUCGGGCAUUAGCUCAGUUUCCACCGGUCUGCACAGCAUCAAUACCUACAGAAGACUCAAUAAGCGCAGAAGCUCCAUCUAAACGGGAGGACUUCAUUCUUAAAGGUCAAAUCCCACUUGUGGCUGCCACCCGAAUGGGGAGGAAUCUCCUACUGUGGUACUAUAUUAGCUGCGGACAUCAGGGUGGAGAGAGUGUGGAGCUGCAGUCUCCAGACUGUCAGCCUCGUGUUUAACUUCCAUUAGCUUAGCACAAACCAUUUAGGACUCACGUUGUUCCUGGGAAAUAAUGCUAAUGGUUGUUUAUGAAGCAAGCAAACUCAGAACCUGUCUCUGAAAAUCUUAGAUUUUCUAAUAUUAAGAGUCACAUUGUUUGAUAAUUUGGUCAUGAGACAGAGUCGAGAACAUUUCAAAAGGGACAAAAUACACUGUGAGACAUGUUUUUAAAGAGGGACUGUGGGUGCAUUAA